AUGCAGCCCUUCAGCUUUUUUGCCGUCACCGUCCUCUGCUGUGCGCUGUCGCAGUGUGCCAUUGCUGGACCAGUUGGAGUGCGUGAUUUAUCAUUGAGGCUCAAGGCAACCGAGUGCAAAGAGGUCGCGCGCUCGUUGCUCAGCGUUGUAUCCGGCGCGCUCGCCAUGGACCACCUGUUCGUCGGAUUUAACUGUACGCAGCAAAACGCAGAGGUGCACGUGAGGACGAAAACGAUGUCUGCCUGCACAUCACAUUCUGCAGACUGCCUUCACAGCUCUGUCCUGAAUAUUGAUGAGAAUGAAUGUCUACAGAGGAUCUUAGAAGAUCUCCACUACUAUUGGGAAACAUUUACAGUUUAUGCCAACUCAGAUCUCAGCAAAACCGUGGUCAGAAGCAUUGAUGACGUCAUGCAGAACUGUUUUGCUGUCUCUGCAAUGGACAACUCUGAGCUCAGGGUGUCCAUGGAUCAUCCAAAAUCUUUUCAAGAAAGAUUACAGCUUUGUAAAGUCCUGAAGGGUUUCCACCUUCGAGCCAUUACUAUAAACCGAGUUUUCAACUACAUUUUGGCAAAAUAAUAUGCUCACAGUUACAGGUCUACUGUUGCUAUAUGGCUUUUUUACAAAAAUAUUUAUUUGCUAAGUUAUUUAAUUGUAUUUAAACAUUAUUUAUUAUGGCAUGAUGUUUGUCAUUUGUUGUUUGUUAUUAAAUGCAUUAUGUUUGAAGAAGGCAUUGCACCAGUUUUGUUGUGAAGAUGUUCAUAUGCAAGAAAUAGCCGCCCUUGUUACUUUAACAUAAAAUGUAGGGUUACAACCAACCCAAUUUUAUGGAUUGAUUAUCCAACCCAUUUUAUUAGAAGUGAUAAUUGUUU